GCAAAGGGGACGGAGCAAGAAUGGGAGUGAGCCAUGCCACCGCUCACGCUGAAGAACGCCAUUCUGACCAGCGAGGAUGCCAACAAGGACGGGCAUCCAGUGGAGAAGAUACGCUGGUUGGAAUGCUUCACUGACAAGGAGAAUGUCUCAGAGUUUUGUGAGGCGACAGACCCUGCCGGCAACUUGGAGUCGAACAGCUCCCCCGCGUACAAGGAGUACCAGGACAGGCUACGCGCCAUCGCGCUGCGAAAGGAAGGCCACGAGAAGUCGGAGAUCGCUGAAGCGCUGGGCCGGCCGCGUCGAUUUGUAGAGACCUGGUGGCGCAAAGAGCCCAAGGAGGUGCCGAAGCCACCGGGAGUUCAUGACUAUCUGAAAACGGAGUUCUGGCGGGACAUCGAGAUCAUCCGGGGCUUUGGGAAAGGUCUGGGCAUCUACGAGGAUGCUUUGAACACCACAGAGUGGGUACAGCCCAUGUCAGACGGAAGAGAAUUUAAGAACGGGGGUGGAUACCGGCUCAAGUACGACAAGGAGGGCCGAAUGAGGCCCCAAGGCAAUCAGAAUGCGAAGGACGGCGUAAUUCCUGGCCGCCUCCCUAAGCUUGACAAGUUGAUACAGCAAGUCAUGGUGGAGCAAGGCAUCAACGAUCGCGUCCUCAAGAGGCCUGGCUUGCUUUGGUAUCCAGACGGAACUUCCGAUGCCAUUGUGCAUCGACACGAGGCUUGGACAGCUCUGAUGUCUUUUGGUUCGCCCCGCAUCUUGACCAUCGAUGGGCAUCCGGUCCUCCUCAGAGACGGGGAUCUCAUCAUCUUCGGCACCCAGCGCCAUGGAGUGCCUAAGAUGUGCCAAGAAGGCGCGACCUUUGACGACUAUGGUGGGCGUAUGUCUGUGGUCAUGUUCUUCAUGCCCACUGGGAAGCAGGCUGAAGGCACCGCCCCCUGGCGCGCCAUCCACGACGCCCCUUCGCGGAAAGCCUCGGCCAUGCUGCAGGAGGCGCACCUGGGCCGAGCCGCGCAGGUGAAUGGCAUGCUCACGGGAGCCAAGUCCGCAGAGAUGCGGCAGCUGUUGGAGCUCGGCUUUGGGGAAGACGAGGCUGCUGCGGCUCUUCAAGCCACAGGGGACGUGGAGCUGGCAGCGGAGGCGCUGUUGAAUGGCGCUGGCCAAAUGCUGCUGGGCUGCGGAGAGACCGGCUUGCCGCAGAGCUCUGUGCUGCUGGCGCGGCUCAAGGAGAUCCAAGCGACGGGCUGCGGCUCCAUGUCGAUGGAGUGGGAGGAGAAGGCAAUCCUGGAGCAGCUGCAGGAGCUGCAAGAAGACACGGGCCUCGCCAUGCAGUUCGCGCAGUACGAGGAGAUGCUGGACGCCGAGGACGCUGAGGAGUGGGAUGGCCGCGGGGACCUCAUGGUGCGGGACUGGCGACGCCGCCAUCUCCACAUCGAACAGCAGGAGCCCUCCAUCACCUACUCUUUGGGAUGCGGAUCGCUGAGCGAGCGCUCGUUCUUUGAACUGCUCUCGCUUCAUUCGAUUCAUGUCCUCUACGACUUCAGAGCCAGCGCUGAGCUGGCCGCCCCGCAUCUGAAGCCCAGCCACCUGGAGGGAGCCUGCAAGCGGCAUGCCAUACACUACCGCUUUGCGCCGCUCGGCCGUGACGUCGCCUAUGGAAUUCUGAAGCACUUGCGGGAGGACGAGGGCAGAAACCUACUGGCGGAGCUGGUGUGGUGGGCUCGGCGGAAGCGGACCGCCUUUCUAGGUGCGGAAGAAGACUGGAGGCUGGACCACCGCUGCGCAAUCGCCGCGCGACUGAUGGAAGCCGGGCAUAGCGUCAAGCACCUGGCAUCCGAUGGCUCGAUGACGGAGCACCUGGAAUUUCAGCUUCCCGAGUUCAUCCUGGGAGAGGAGGCGCGGCUGCGGACCUUGGAGAAGCAGCGCCAAAGCGGGGAGCGGCCGCCGGCGAAGAGCGCGGCGUCUCGGAGCACCGAGGCGGUGGCCCGAUACCUGGCGGCGCCAGCGAAGGUCAUCGAUGCCGGCGCAGAGCUUCGGAAGGCCAACACGCAGGCGGAGCUGUGCCGCAUCCAACGUCGUUUGGCCGAUCUGCAGCGCAGGUCGGCGGACUCGGAUGCCAAGGCCGGGCUUGGCCCGAAGCUGCUGCACGUGAACAAGUGGGUCAAAGCAGAGGCAGAGCAACAGAGAGCCAACCUGGCAGCUGGCAAGACCAAGGAUGGCAAGGACAAGGACUCGCCGUCAGGCGUGCCCGCAGCACAGAUCUGGGCUGGCACGGGGGGUACCUCCGGUGGAAACCCGGACUUCUUUGCUUCAGCCUCAGCCGCUUCCUCCUCGGGCCUGGAGGCUCAAGAGCUGACAGCCAGCUGUGCAGCAGAGCCAGCGCCAAGCGAAGCGCCUUCCGGGCCGGCUGAGACUACUUGUCGGCGGUGGGCGAAGAGACGCGCGAAGGACGCGACUUGAACAUCGCUCCUUCCACGCCCCGAAUUCGUCGGCUUCUGCUCAAAGCAGUGCAGUGCAAAUCUUCGGCUCACGAGAGCCACCUGUGGUGUGUGGCCAACCUUGUACAGUGAGCCUUCACUUAAGCUGAAAAAACAACAAGAUGGCGCGACUUUGUCGAAUCGCCCGAGGGAUUGUCUGUUUCGUGCGCGUGGCGUAUGGUCAAGACAUGGUUC